AUGGGAGGCGGAAAAGCGAGAAAGAGGGCCCCGUGGCCUGUCCUGCAGGCUAGGGAAGACACCGAUAUACGCGCAUAUACCGCCUCAAUCAUAAAAGAUCUCGAGACAUUGAAGCAGCAUCACAAGAAAUCCAAGAGCAGCAUGCCCCGGGAGAUCUCUGAAGUAUUGGUUGACACGCUCCUAGAUUUCUCACGCCGCGUGCAGAAGGCCCCAAACCCGGAAACCCUCGCGCAGCACCUGAUACGAAUGGAAUCUUAUAUGGAAAAGACUCAAAGGAAGUGUCUCAGACCUCCCGCGAGGUUCUGA